UUUUUUCAUGAUUUGAUGUUAACACCUGUAUCUAAUAGUUCUUUACUUCAACAUCACAUUGUAAGUACUUGUUUUACGUUUCUUCAGGUUGAGGCUAAGAGGGCCUUAUCAAGAGAGGAGCAGCAAACUUCUGCCAAAGCUGGAAAUGUUAAUCCUGCUCGGAACUAUGGGGGUGGUGGAAGUUUCAGAACCAAGAAGAUAUUCGUUGGAGGAUUGCCUCCCACUUUAAGUGAAGAAGGCUUCCGUCAGUAUUUUGAGGCUUAUGGAAAUGUAACCGAUGUAGUAGUCAUGUAUGACCAGAAUACUGGACGACCUCGCGGGUUUGGGUUUAUUACCUUUGACGCUGAAGAAGCUGUUGAUAAAGUUUUACACAAAAACUUUCACGAUUUGAAUGGUAAGCAAGUGGAAGUAAAGCGGGCUCUUCCUAAAGAUGCAAAUCCUGGUGGGGGUAACCGUUCUAUGGGUGGUGGGGCGGGGGUUGGUGGUGCAGUUGGUAGUGGUUAUCAGAGCUAUGGGGCAUCUGGUGGCAACCCAAAUACAUAUGAUGGUCGAAUGGAUUCCAAUAGGUACAUGCAGCCACAGAGUACUGGAGGUAGUUUUACUCCCUAUGGUUCCUCUGGGUAUAGUGCACCUGGCUAUGGGUAUGGUCCUGCCAGUAAUGGCAUUAAUUAUGGUGGUUAUGGUAGUUAUGGUGGUGCCAAUACUGGGUAUGGUGGACCUGCUGGUGCAGCAUAUGGAAACCCAAAUGUCCCUAGUGCUGGUUAUGGUAGUGUUCCACCUGGUGCUCCUAGAAGUUCAUGGAGCACUCAAGCUCCGUCUGGAUAUGGUGCCAUGGGUUAUGGGAGUACUGCUGCUUGGGGUGCUCCAAGUGGCAGCACUGGUACUGCUAGUGGUGGCCCAGGGUCAGCACCUGCAGGGCAGUCGCCCAGUGGAGCCACUGGGUAUGGGAAUCAAGGUUAUGGCUAUGGUGGGUAUGGUGGAACUGAUGGGUCUUAUGGGAAUCCUGGUGGGUAUGGUGCAGUUGGAGGGCGUUCUGGGAGUGUCCCAAAUAAUAAUGCUGGUGGUCCAGGUGGGGCAGAACUACAAGGUGGUGGUGGUGGCUACAUAGGAAGUGGCUAUGGUGAUGCAAACGGAAAUCAGGGGUAUGGAAAUGCAGCAUGGAGAUCUGAACAAUCUCAAACUUCUGGAAAUUAUGGUGCUCAGGUGAAUGGUCCUCAUGCUGCGCAGGUUGGCUAUGGUGGUGGGUAUGGGAGUACUCAGGCCCGACCUCAACAACAGUAAUUAUGAUGGCUACAAGUCCAACUGGAUCUUGAUCUUUGUUUCUUGACCACGAGGGUCAAAAUUGUUUUCCGUGCCAAGCAGCAGGAGUAGCACGAGUUGAAUGUCAAUACGCUUUGGGACCGGAGAGAUGCACGAGGUCUAAAGUGGAGAGAAAGUGUCCACUCAUGGCUGAACACGAGCUUCGUCGUGGGGGCGGGGGGAAGUGUUCAGCGUGGAAUGGAAUUUGAGGACUUUGAUCAGUUGAAAUUACAGAUUUACCUGGGCAGGUCAUUCUCCAGCCUGGUCAUGCCAACACUCAAAUUUUGCUGAUUCCAGGCAUUUCAAGUGAUAAACUUCCUGAUCUUCACUCAGGUGUGGUGGACUGGUGGAUUUUGUGUGGUGAACAGCUUACGGUAUGUAGACUUAAGUGGUUAGAGGUGUCUCACUCAUAAAUUCAUUGUGACCUAAUUGCUUAGGCUACCUUUUGAUUUGGAAUAUAACAUGGUAUGUGGUUCAAGAUGUUCCGAAGUACUGAAGAAUGUGUCCUUGUUUAAAACAGUUUCCAUGAAGUUUCAGAAUGAAGUUAAGGACUUCUAUGGCUA